AUGGACGUGCAUCGUAAAGAAAGCUCUCUGGGUGCGCGCGAAAAAGAUGUUGAGCACCGCGAGGCAAGAGCUGGGAAAAUAGUACAACAAAAAACUGUAAUCUGUUGUAAUUUCAACUUCUCUUUUCUGUUUGCCUUCACAACCAACACCUGAUUACUCUUUACACUUUGAAGUGUGUGACGGUCCAUCUCAGGAGUACGCUUUGGAUGCGCGUGAAGAAGGUCUUCGACUCCGGGAGGCACAGACGCGACAGCUUUUUGAUGAUCGCGAGAGCGCACUGAAGCGUCAGGAGAGUGAGCUGGACAGAACGAGAAAACUUUUGGAAGCCGCUGCUUCAAAGCGCCGACAUCGCGUCCUAACCUCGUCGAAGGAAGCAUCAUCUUCCAACUUUCUUGCGGUAAACAUUGUGCCGUCUUCCUCGUCAUGUUCAAGCGGGAAUGAGAUGACAGUAAGAAGUAGGAGCUCCGCAGGGACAACCGCACGAGCAGCGAACAAUAAAGAAGCAGUGGUAGCUUCGUUUGGUGAUGCUGUGCGCGAACGCGAGGCGGAGCUAAUGGAAGCGAGAAGUGAAGAAAUUCGCGCACGCAACAGCGAGUUAGAGGCGGCAAACACAAAACUUGGGAACGAGACAGAGGUGCUGCAGGCAGAACUGGACAAGCAGCGAGCCGCGUAUGAGGAAUACGAGAUGCUCUCGUUUCAGCGCUUGGACACAUUGCAGCAGCGUUGCUCCCGGUUAGAGCGUACAAUCCGUUUGAAUAAGAGGCGGCAGGAAGAAAGCCGCACAAUUUUAGAGCAGGUCAUGUCUGCUUACCGGGAGUCGGGUUCCCUGGCCACAUCGCGGCGGCCGUCUGUUACGGAUCACGAGCGCGGAUUUUCGAAAUCUUCCUCCAGCUCCAACGGUAGCACGCAGGCGGUCGCAGCGUGGAAAAAUGAUACGCGAACGUCGUCGGCACCAGUUCCUGUAUUGGACAGAAAAGCAAGUAGUCACGACGUCGCAGCUGCUCUGGACCGCUCGUUCGGAAGACCCGUCUUUUCGAAUUCCAGUUCCAGGACAAGCUCGAAACGGGCUCCGAAUGUGACGAUAGACCCUGACCUGAUAGAAGCAAUCAGCAAUCUCCUAAACUCCUCUUGGAACACAGGGACAGGAGCUGGGUCCUCGACCUCGUCUAAGAGUACCAGCAAAGCAAGUACUGUUGGUGCUACUCUUCAGACGACUGCUGCAGGGCGCCCUCGCGCCGUCACGGAAUCCGCGCUGGAAGUUCAGAAAAGAAACGAAGAGCUAGAACUAGCGGUCACCCGGAAUAAUGGACAAGCAGUUGGUCCCAGCACGUCUACAACAAAUGGAGGUCGUGUUAAUGACCAUAAAGACCACGACCUGCUGGGAACCACGCAGGCAAACUUUUUAAGCGACUCUGUUGGGGAGGAUGGCAAAAGUCCGGCUGGAGAACCGGAUUCGAAUCUUCCUGGUGCAUCAGCUCAAAUCGGCACGAGCUUAUCAGAGAAAGUGUCAAAGACUGACAGCGGUGGUAGUACACGAAGCAGAACGGAAGAAUUGCAGCAGCGAGCGCUUGAGCUGGAACGUGCGCUGCAGGAAACUCUCAAGGCUAUGGCCACUUCGUCCCCGGAACCGGGUGCUUAUGUUUCUGUGCCCGAGCAGCGAGAGCCAGCGAUAUCGGCAACUCCACUGUUUGGUGCUGCACAGCAGGAGAACGAAAGUAGGGGCGUUGCAACGAGCUUGUGCAUGCCAUCGGAACGGCCUCAAGCGAGUGCACGUAAUAGAGAGAUCGUGCGUGGGGUACAUCUUGUUCCGCCAGGAGAAACGUGCGACUCCGGCGUAGAACCGAGCACUGCUGGUCUUGCGCGCGCAGCAUUCAUUCAAGCGCAGCCGGCACCCUCUCCGCCUGCGGUGUCCUCGCCAGCUCCCGCAGUCGUAUUGCCGCUAAGCAAAGGCGGCACUGGCGGCGCGCGGCGAGUUGUGACAAAUAUGAUGAAGCUUCCUCGUGCAGGAGGUUCCGGUAAUUCGUCGUCCUCCAGUACACAGCUAAGGCAGCCUUAUGCUCAAGGUUCUUCUGCUGUUGGAAGCACCUCAGCAGUAGGUAUAGCAGCAGGGCCGCCGCGCGGCAGCGGCCCGUCGAAUAUGGUAGUGCCCUCCACCACUGCGUUUUUCCAGACGCGCAUUGCGGCUUCCGCUUCAGGCGGUUCAGCGAGCGUGCCAGAUCCGCGAGGAGCUGCGGUUGGGCCGCGGGGAGAUGUUGUCGGUUUGCCUUUUUCCGCUGACAGUUCACCACUCACGACUGCUGUUGCCGCGACGAGCUCUCUAGAGAUGUUGCCGCAACCUUCUCAGAACCAACAUCUCGAAGAAACUAUAGGGAAUGUUCUUUCAACAGCUGCAAUAGGUGGGGGUCCUGCAAUGUGUUCUACCGCAAACCAAUUGCAUAGUCCCAGACAUGCUUGUCCACUUCCAGAGCAGGGUCGUGCGCAGUUGAGUGCUCCAGCACGCGUGAGGAUUCUGCCAGCUGCUACGGGCUCCGAAGAAUCCGUGCAACAAGGAAUGUCAUCCUCUUCUAUCUCACGAAUUGCCGAAGCGGCUCGUCAUCUAGGUUCGCAUCCGCAAGAUUAUCCGACGCGCUCGCACAGCUCAGUCAGCCUACUGAUGGGGAGCACACUGACGCCACCAGCUGCUGCACAGCAUUCUGAGUUCGUGCGAGGUGGUUUUUUGAAUAAUUCGAUGCUCUCGCAGUCGCAACGAAAUCACUUCAGCUUCUAUGAUCAUUCUCCUUUUGAACAAGAUCUUCAUGAUGCUUUAGGAGCAUCGAGGACGCAGCUUUCGUUGUCCUCCACGGGUCAGGCGCGCUCUCAGUCCGUUUUCGUUCGUAGCUACCCGAAGAAGGAAACAGUUGUCGGGACACAUAUCUGCACGACGAUUGCUCGGGGCCGACUGGUUGGAUCUCAGUUCCGGGCUCCAGGAAAUUACGAGCUGCGAUCAAUUCAGCCUGUUUCUCCCCGACUGACGCAUCCGCCCGACCUCCGAGCCAGCAGCUGUGAGGAACAAGAGCCAGAUAUUGAUAAGACGAGCACACACCAGGUCAUUGGGGAGAAGUCUCCUGCUUCCGCGAGUGCUCAGUUCUUGCGGAGUACAGCAUCCACACCAUCGCUUCAGCAUCCUCCGACGGGGCAAGGACUAAAACGGCCGUCGCCUGGGGUUCGUGGAGGAAAUAACCCAUUCCAGGGAACGGGACAACGAAGUGAGACAGACUUUCAUCAUAGAAGUUUAGUGAGCAGUAAGGAGUCAUCCCGAAAUGCUGAUGAUGAGGCACACGCGAUGUACCACGUGGACUUGAUACUCUCGGCAACGUCAGCCUCCUCAGCUGCCUAAGCGCGAUUGGUAUUGCAGUGGGAGUGGCGCGGGUGUAUACCAUGAACGGCCUAACGCCUGUAGUCAUCUUUAUCAUCAGAGGCCCUUCUCGACGUACUAAGUAGUCUUUUUAGUAGUUGCAGUAGGUGAAUACUUUGAAGCACUUAAUAUGAUGAUCUAAGAACAGGAAACAGAAGCAUGCCCGGUGAAUCAGCAGAGAAUCGAAGUGCGACAUACUCGCAUUCUCUUCACCGCCUAUCUUCUUGCAGUGAUGAUAGCCACAGGACGGACGCAUCCAAACACGGUUUCCGAAGGUGUUUUUGAUAGGUGAACGAAAUAAGUAGCUAGUAGUAAGUACGUAGCCUAAAAAAGUAAUCAUCUUCUUCAUCCGCUUCCGUUUUCACUAACAUGUGAUCAAUGAAUCAAGAUCAAAACUCAACGAGAAGUUUCAGGGAUAGCAAACCUUUUGGUAUGUAUUACCUAUGAAUUAGAUAUAUUCAAGGUUUCCGUUUCGCUUUCCAGUUUUCACUUCGUACGCACGUACUGGUUUUUGGUGGCCGGAGUUAACUACACAGAAAAAUUCCAUAAGAGCAAAAUGAACCUAGUCGCUCCCAGCGAGGACGUGUGCCGUUUUUCAUUGGGUAGAUGAGAUCCACAGUUUUGUUAGCAGGUGGGGUCCUCGGGUAGGUGGAGUAGAUUGGAGUAGAAGAAGUCAAUUGCAGAUAUCACGCCGAUGAGAUGUCUAGUUUUGCACCAUAAUAUAGCAAAGAGGGAUGACUAGAAUAGAUGACGAAGUUGCGUGGGGAAAAAAGCAUGAGUCUGGCUUUCACUGCAAGCUUGAAAUACGAUGCAACCAACCUUUUUUCACCCGCCGCGUGUGCCACUCUAUUAAUACAUGUUGAUCUUCUGACGUGGUUAUCGUAGAGGACUUCCUUUUCCUCCGUCGAGGUGUAAGCGUCAAUAUGAGCGCCAGGACGCAGGAAGAUCAUUUAUCUCAAAGUCAUUCCCUGCUCGCUGCUCCGAGACGUGCUGCAUGUAUGUGUGCACGCGUUCGCUGUUCUGCCGUUCCCACUUUUAGAUAAUUUUAUUCGAAGGUCGUGACGGAAGUUUUGUCAUUCUACUACCGGCAUUUUCAUGCCCGUCUCAUACGAGAUAGAGAAGACGAGCAGCAGGUGAAUUUUCCUCUAGCUUUUGUCGUGCGCACAUCCUUCUAGCAAUUUGCGGUUUCUCACACUCAGGUUUGAUCUAGGUCAAAAGAUACCUCAACAAGACCAGGUAAAUGAAUGAAAUGAAUGAGUUAGUUUU